CAUAAAAUUUGCGAUUUCUAGUUCUUCAAUCUUUAUUAACAAUAUCUAUUGUACACGAUGGAACUGAUUAAAAAGUUGGGAUUUCAGAAUGCUUUGUUGGUCUUAUAACAAAUAUAAUAAUUACACAAAAUCUACAUACAAUCUAAAAACUAUUUCGACGAAGAUCUAAUCAAAUGAGUGCAAUUACAAAUAAUAAACAGAAUUUAAAUCCUCAAUUCUUACAAUUUUUUUUAAGAUAACAUUCAUCAAUGUAAUAAAUUUCGUUUGACUGAUGCAAUGAAAAGUUUAUCAGGACAAUUCCGAAAAACGACAUGGGAUCCAAUUCUUAUAAUUUCCCAAAUAGUUGCAAUACAAUCUGUAAUGUACUUUUUUCUUGGAAUAUGGAUUUGGAUUAUUACUUUUAUAUUGGAUGAUACUAGAUCAUUAGAUUAUGCAUUUGAAUAUAAAGAAAUUCAUGUACGAGACUUUGGAGGAAAAUUAGUGAUAUUUAUUUUUAUUCUUAAUUCAAUAGUUGGAGCACUUGCUCUAUGGUGGUUAGUGCAGCGAACAAAACAAUGCUUAGAUUUUGCUUGUACAGCGCAUUUAAUACAUUUAAUUUGUUGCUGGAUGUAUAACUCCAACUUUCCAACAACAUUUAGUUGGUGGUGCUUAAAUAUUGUGUCAACAACAAUUAUGUGUGUAUGUGGUGAAUUUUUAUGUAUGAAAACUGAAAUUAAAGCCAUACCUUUAACUGUAAAUAGUCAGAAAACAGCCUUAUAGUUUUAAUGUCAGUUCUUCAAAAUGGCUAAUUCAUUAAUAUAAUAUAAUUUAUUGAAAACUGUGUAAUUGAGAGUUUAAUAAAUUUUUGCU